AUGAUGACCGAGAACAUUUCAUCCCGAACACACUAUGAUUGUGAAAACUCCACCGACGAUUGGGACAGCGAGAACGGUCAAGUAGCGGAUGGCCUGAUUAAAGGUUACCCGAAAUUGACAUCCAGACCUAUUCACGAACCAAACGAACGCCUGGCGAAGAGAUGUAGGCAUCUGCCCGUAGUUGAGACAGCGGCAGGAUGUACUUCGGCGUUGGCUGGUGACGCCACGAGAGAACAUCUAGGUCCACCUCAGAGGCUGCCGGACGGCAGCUUCCCGCCUACCUCUAGUGAAGCGCAGGAGGUCUUUGGUCGAGGAAUUUUGCGCAUCCAACCCCAUGGGCAUCGGAAUGUAUAUGUCAUCACAUUUCUGCCGGAUGUUGUUCAACCGGCAUCUAUGUCAUCGACGUCCGAAAUCUCGUGCGAAAAGUCGUCCCACUUCACCGGCAAUUUACCGGUGAAUCCGUCAAAUGCCCCAGUGGCUGGCAGUGUGUUAGGUGCACAAACGGACCUUCCUAUCGACCCCUUGAUCCUCGCCGAUGAAGGGCCGUGUGAUGAGGAAGGCCUUCGUCGGUCCUUCUCCCUGGGUGACGAUCCUAGGCCUUCGGAGACGACAUAUCCAUAUCCAGACCCUCCGCCCGUUUUCUCCAGUGCACCUGAUCAGCAAGAUUCCGUCGUGUUAUGGCAGGGCAAAGAUGCUCCUUUUAUCAGUUCCCCUCAUGACCGUCACAGCGUUGUGGCCGGCAAUCCUUCCUCCAGCAACCAUCUGGGCCCCGCGCACGGUGGUAGACAGUCUAAAUCCCUCAAGCGAAAGCCACAUCGACUGGAUGGACAGCGGCCCAAACGGGCUCGAGACCCUCAAACGUCUACUGCGGAAGGGAAUUCGCUUGCGGCGCUUCACACUCACUUCCUGUCUCUACCGCUUGACAAGCGUUUGCAAUUCCUUCCUCGGCUGUUGGAAGGUGCCCUGCCACAUCACAUGCCUAUGCCUGAUCUGCUGACAACUGGGAACGGAGAUGCGCGGUCACCAAGGCGCCUGACUCAACCGUCCGAUGGUAGUGAGCCCCAUAGGAGCUUCAGAAAGGGCAUGCCGUGGUCAUUGGAAGAAACAGAGCUCCUACUGCGGCUGAGGAGGGACGAGCAACGGCCUUGGUCGGAGGUGACAAUGUUGUUUUCAGACCAGUUUCCAGGCCGGAGCCCUGGUUCUAUUCAAAUAUAUUGGAGCACGACCCUCAAGAAGAGAGCAUAUUUAGAUUGCCUCUCCACCUCUUGA